UGUUUUGCCAGUUCACACAACAGAUCUUAACUGAUCCCAAUUAGAGAGUCUAACUGAAUGAAACAACUGUCUGCAGGUAAUAACAGCAUGAAACUGUUCUGAAGCUCCAAGGCAGAACCUGUGCUCCAUCAGCUGAUGUUCCUCCUAAUUCCUCACGGUUCUUCCAGUUCUACAACAGCCGGUUAUCUAGGCAAUUAUGCUGGGAAGAACAGGAAACCCUAUCAGACGAUGCUGGUUGGAGAUCCAGCAAUUCCGCUUAUUGUCAUCCCCUCCUCCUCCAUCUGAACUGUCGAGACUGGAUUACCCAGCAGGCAGCAGGAGCAGAAGGUACCAGGCAGGACAGGAGGCGGGGCAGCUAAGCUUAGCUCAAGUCAACAGAAUAUUAAAGGCCAACGAACACAGCCAUACCCUCCCCAGAGGCCACGCCUCCCAUGGAGUCCUUGGUUUCCAUAGCAACACACUUCCAUCCAACCACCCCAGUGAGGAUCAUAGGAGCAGCGCCACCUGUCUGCUAGGGAGGGGCGGGGUCCUGUUUGGUGUGUUUGAUGGUCACGCAGGUCCGUCAUGUGCUCAGGCCAUCAGCCAAAGACUCUUCUACUACAUCACUGUGGCCAUGCUGCCGCUGAGGAUGCUGCAGGAACUGGACCGCGCAGUGGAGGAGGAAAGAGCGGUACCACCCCUACUGGAGUGGCACAAACACCCCCAGGAUCACAGCUUCUACGAUGGGGGCUCCCUCUCCUUCCACAGCCUCCGGAACUACUGGCAGGAGAGGCUGGAUGGGGAGGAAAAGGAGGACGACAAGGAGGACGAUGGCAAAGUGACAACAGCCCUGAUAGAUGCGUUCCGACGUCUAGACUAUGAUGUGUCAUUGGAGGCUCAAGUACACCUGUCCCUGUCCUCACCCAGGCGAGUCUCUAUCCCUGGGGAAGGCUUAUCCCUGUCCUCUCCCAUCCGGGUGGCCCUGUCAGGAUCCACUGCUUGUGUUGUGCACAUCUCCAAUGGUGUCCUGCAUGUGGCCAACCUAGGUGACAGUCGGGCUGUCCUUGGUGUCCAGGAAGGGGACCAGCGUUGGUCGGCACUCAGCCUCACCAACGACCACAAUGCUCAGAACCCUGAAGAGCUGCAAAGAAUUUAUGGGGAGCACCCAGCUUCAGAGAGGAGGACAUUGGUCCGACAUGACCGGCUGCUGGGUCUGCUGCUGCCCUUCAGGGCGUUUGGAGAUGUUCGCUUCAAAUGGAGCGCCGAGAUGUUGAGUCGACUCUAUGACACGCGUCCGGAUGUCCUUUCUGCGAUCAGUGAGUCAGUGCGGACGCUGCCACCUCAUUACCUGACCCCGCCCUAUCUGAGUGCCCAGCCUGAGGUCACUCGACACCUAAUCAGACCCGAGGACAAGUUCCUGGUUCUGGCAACGGAUGGAUUGUGGGAACUGAUGCACAGACAGACGGUUGUCCAGCUGGUUGGAGAACAUCAGGCAGGUCUUCAGCAGCAGAGGCCCAUCAUUCCGAGUGCCGACAUGACCCUGGGCAGCCUGCAGCGGCUGCUGCUAGAGAGGAGAGGCCGUGUCCAGUCAGUCCUGGAGGACCAGAACCCUGCAACCCAUCUGCUCCGCCAUGCGCUGGGUGAUGAUGGGUAUGGAUCCGUGGCACAAAACCGGCUGGCCAGGAUGCUGAGUCUGCCGGUGGAUCUGGCCCGCAGGUACCGUGAUGACAUCACCAUCACCGUGAUCCAACUGAAUGAGCUCUGAGGUCGCCUGCUAUCACCUGCUAUGGUGCCAAUUCAGAACAGGCUUCUUUCUGAUGAACUGGACUGGUGUGGCUCCGCUACGAACGUCUACAGGAUCAGAACCUGUUACUUGAUGUUAAAAGAGAGGAACCAGCCCUCAGAUCAUGUUUAGACACUGAUGGAAACCCAAGUUUUUGUAUCCAAAUCUUAUUCUAGGCCGGAGGUGUCAACAAGUUCAACCUUCCAAAGGACGCUGGUGUUUUAAUUGGACCUGUCACCAAAGGACAAUUGCAGUUACGUAACAAAGGGGUUCUAAAUCUAUAAUUUGUUCCACGUUCUGGAGAUGAAAGAAGGAAACUCAAGAGGCCCAUUUAAUAUCAAACUUAAAUAAUGUCCUAAU